AUGAAACUGAAUAUUGCCGUACUCCUUUGGUCUGCUGGUUUGCUGCUCGGGUCCGAGGCGUAUCCUCAGCAGGCGAAACAUGUCCCGAAAGACUUUGUGACCGUCAAGGGACAAAAGUUCCAACUGAACGGAAAGGACUUUUACUUUGCUGGCUCCAAUGCCUACUACUUUCCAUUCUCAGGAACCCAAGCAGACGUGGAGAAAGGGCUCACGGCGGCCAAGAAGGCAGGGCUGAAUGUCUUCCGUACCUGGGGUUUCAAUGACAAAAACGCAACCACCGAUCCAAAUGGUCUUCCGCAAUAUGGGUCGGAAGGUGCAGGCGAGACAGGCGUUUACUUCCAGGUUUGGGAUAACGGCAAAUCGACAAUCAACGUUAAGCCUUUCGACAAAGUAGUCAAUGCCGCAUCCAAUACUGGCAUGAAGUUGAUUGUUGCUCUGACCAACAAUUGGGCUGAUUACGGUGGUAUGGACGUUUACACGGUAAACCUUGGUGGAAAAUAUCACGACGAUUUCUACCGACUCCCCCAGAUCAAGAAAGCUUACAAGCGCUAUGUCAAGGCCAUGGUUACUCGCUACAAGCAUUCAUCAGCAAUCAUGGCCUGGGAGCUGGCAAAUGAGCCUCGAUGCGGUGCCGACGGGGUUCGCAACCUCCCACGCAGUGCAAACUGCACUCCGGAGCUUCUGACUGAAUGGACCGAGGAAAUGAGUGCUUACAUUAAGAGCCUCGACCCGAACCAUCUCGUCACCUGGGGCGGCGAAGGUGGCUUCAACCGCGAAUCAGACGACUGGGCCUACAACGGCAGCGAUGGCGGUGACUUCGACCACGAGCUCACAUUGUCCAACAUUGAUUUCGGCGUAUUCCAUACAUACCCAGACUGGUGGAGCAAGACAGUCGAGUGGUCGAACCAAUGGAUUCGCGACCACGCUGCGUCGGGUGCUAAAGCGAAAAAGCCCGUCGUUCAUGAGGAGUACGGAUGGCUUACACCGGAGGCACGCCUAGAGUAUCUCGGCACCACCAGGAAUGAGUCGAGAACGGAAGUUAUUGGUGAGUGGCAGCGGAUCCAGGUGGAGACGAAGAUGCCAGAUAUGUACUGGCAGUACGGAUAUUCCGGAUAUUCGUAUGGACGGAAUCACAAUGAUGGGUUUACGAUUUAUCUCGACGAUGCAGAGGCAAAAACGCUUGUAUAUCAACAUGCCAAGGCAAUGAAUCGCCUUAACAAGAAAUAG